AUGAAUGGUCAAGCACAUGGAGAUCCACUGGUAAUCACUCUAAUGAUCGAGGAAUGGAGAGUUAAAAGAAUUCUGGUGGACAGAGGGAGCUCCGUGGAAGUCCUCUUCUAUGACACCUUCAAAAGAAUGCAAUUAUCCGAUGACAUCCUCAUCCCGUCAACCUACAACAUCGACGGCUUUAACGGGACAGUAACCACACCUAAGAGAGAGGCCACCCUAAGAGUUUCAGAUGAAGGAGAUUACUUGUAUACCCUUACUACCUUCCAUGUAGUUGAUGUUGUGUCACCAUACGAAGUGAUUAUCGGGAGGCACUGGAUCGUUGGCAUCAAAGGAGUCGCUUCCGCAUAUCACCAAAGGUUAAGGUUCCCGACGUACAAGGGUGUGGCUGAGGUGGUAGUAAAUCCAUAA